AUGCUCGCAGAGGUCCAGGCCUCAGACAAGCCGGCAGAUUCACCCCUCCCAGAACCCCUCUUCAGAACCAAGAGAUUGCUCGCAAGACCUUUGCACCCGCAAGAUGCGGAGUCGAGCCAACGCGCGUGCGCGCCCGCGAGUAUCACGAGGUAUAUGUCCCUCGCCUUCGCGCACCCCUACACCCUCGAGCACUCCAUUGCCUGGAUAGCCAUGCAGAAAGACGCACCGCACAACAACCUCGCCCUCACCACGCACUCCGACCCACUCACCGUGAUCGGCGGCAUCGGCAUCAAACCUGGCGCCGACGUCCAGUCCCACACGGGCGAAGUGGGCUAUUGGAUUUCUGAGGAGCACCAGGGCAAGGGUUUGAUGAAAGAAGCGCUCGCCGGGUUCGUCGAGUGGACGUUCCUGCACCGGACGUCCGACGGGAGUAAAGUCGAGGAGGGUAGGAGCCGCAAGACAAGGCUGUUUGCAGCUGUGUUCGCCGAGAACACGGCGAGCAUGCGGAUUUUGGAGGGCUGUGGGUUUGUGAGGGAGGGCGUGCAGAGGGGGCACGUCCACACCCGGUACGGUGAAAUCACGGACCUACAUCUUUUUGGCCUGGGGAGGGGGGAGUGGGAGGAGCGGCGGAAGCAGGGAGAGUAA